AAUUGAGGUUAAUUAAGAAUCAGAGUCGAACAGAACAAAGUUUCUAGAGGGGAGAGAGAAACGAAGACAAAAGACAAAGCGCGAAUUGUAAACAGGACGCGAAAAGUAAGUCGUUACUUGAUGUACAACAAUGAAACAUGAAAUAUGAGGCUGCAGUGCUGCACCGCGUGAGGGAAGGACAGGAGAAGAAGCUUGCAGGACAAGGGUCGUGAACCCGGCUGUACAACUGAAGUGGGGUGGGAUUGAAUAUGUAAAUGAUAAAAGUCUAUAGGACGAGAGUAUGAGUGAGGGGAUCCACAAGCAAUUUGCAUAUUCAUGAGUCGGAGUCCCCGCGGACACAUGCAAGUCUAUAGACACCGACAGACGUGUCCUGGAAUCGCUGUGGCCGCACCGCGCAGGCUGAGGAUCGGGCGCAGGGGUCCGUCCGAGAGCAGCCCGGCGGACGGGACACGUGCCGCACCGAGGGCGUCCGAGGCGCCCCGACGACCCGACGACAGCCCCCCAGCCAACCCCACCGGCCCGCACGCCCCGUGACCCGAGCGAGGAGAAGCGGGAAAGAAAAUGGAUGGAUGGGUGGAUUAUUUGACUGAAGUUGAACUGAAUGACUUGAUUAACUUGAUUGAAUUACAAAUUCAUUCAAGUCCAAAUGUCGUUCAUCGAUGGUGUCUGUUUAUGCAGACACCAUCACUUUGAACAUUGAUAUGAAAUAAUUGAUGUAUACACAAUAGACACAAGCUGUCCUCUUUGACAGGAAGUCAUGUGUUCAGUGUGCGUGCGUGUGCUUUUUAAUCCGAUCUAAUCAGAUUUAAUGUAGCCCCGCCCCCUCCUUUUCCAUCCUGGCUCACUGGCCUGCACAGCAGAACGCAGCAGUCUGUGGACCAGAACACCGCGGCGACCGGAACUGUCGGUAGAGCACAACUCGCUGUAGACCAGAGCAUUCUGGAGAUCAGACCACUCCGUGGACCAGAACACUGUAGAACUGAACAGUGUUUGGAGCCGAACGCUCCGUGAAUCAGAACAUUCCGUGGAGUCGAUCGGCGCGCGUCAGCAUACCAUGCCGGCCGGGCCCGGUUUCCCGGUUCUGCCGUGGCCCGCCGUCGGGGCAGAAGUCAAGGCGGAGGUUCCGGAGGGUCGGGGCGGCGUGCUGCUCCGGGGGGGUGCCCUGCUCGGAGCGGUCCUGGUCAUCUGCGUGGUGAUGAUGCGCAGGUGGAUCGGCGGCGGCGUCUGCGUCAGUGGCGAGCGGCUGGACGGGAAGACGGUGCUGGUGACGGGCGCCAACACGGGCAUCGGCAAGGAGACGUGCAGAGAGUUGGCGAGGCGAGGCGUGAUGAUGUGUCCCAGAUGGCUAACGGAGGAUGGCUUCGAGACUCACUUUGCUGUCAAUCAUCUGUCUCACUUCCUUUUGACCAAUCUGCUGCUCCCUAAACUCAAGAGCUCGGCCCCCAGCCGCGUGGUCACCGUGUCGUCCGUGGCCCACCGGGGAGGUCACAUCGACUUUUCCGAUUUGUUCUUCAGCUCUCGUGCGUACAGUCCGCUGCAGAGCUACCGGCAGAGCAAGCUUGCGAAUGUGCUGUUUAGCAGAGAGCUCGCGCGCCGCCUCCAAGGUUCGGGCGUGAGUUCGUUCUGCGUGCACCCCGGCGUCAUCCGGACCGAGCUGGGCCGCCACGUGGAGGGUUGGUUCCCCCUGUUGGGGGCGCUGCUGAGGCUGCCGGCGAUGCUGCUCAUGAAGACGCCGCGCCAGGGCAGCCAGACCAGCCUGUACUGCGCCGUCACGCCGGGACUGGAGGACCGAUCGGGGAGCUACUUCAGCGACUGCGCCCCGAAGGAGGCGGCGCCGGAGGGCCGCGACGACCAGGUGGCCGCCAGGCUGUGGACGGAGAGCGCGCGAUUGGUGGGACUCCGAGACGCGUGCUGAGCUGAUUCAUUCGAGCCCGCCCCCGGUGGCGCUGUAGCGACGAGUGACGAGAUCAAAUCAAAUUGUCAGAUUAGCGCUCAAGAUCAGGUCCUCGGUGAAAAUGCGAUACGAUCCUACGUCAAGACAAGAUCGCGAGAUGCAGCAGACGGUGACGCGAGAUCGCGAGAUCAAAGAAGUUAGAAGAUCAAAGAUUUGUUGUCAAGGUGACAAAAUCAACAAAUAAAAUGACGAUUUGCGAGCGA